AUGCUGUCCGUAAAGUACCACCUCUCUUACUGGGUCAUUUCCGCUGCGGCAGCCGUCGUCUAUCAUGCACUUGUCGCAGCGGUUGGAUGGAAUGAAGCCAACUUUCAAAAGCUCCUGAUUCCCCUGGCAGCUUACACCCUCUACCUCGUGUACACUGGCCCUCGUAUUCGCUCAAAAGCAUGGCACAUCUGCCAUUUUGCUGCUACCGGGUGCCUCAUGGUGUCUUUAGGAGCUAUUGCAGAGUAUUUAUUCAUCCCAGGAGUCAGUGUAACCCCAAUCAAAGGGGCCAUCCAUACCAUUUUGGCUUUUUCAGCCAUUGGCGCCCUUGAGCCUCUCAGGCAGAACCGGAAAGAUAUUGAACCCUGUGGGGCUGUAGGAAGCAUGAUGAUCUCGGGUGCUCGUAUUGAGACGCAGCUGCCGCACAGCUGGAAAUCCGGUCUCAGCUUUCUCUCCACGCAACUUUAUACGAAUGGUAUUUUAUACGUCAUAUCUAGAGUCACCAUGCGUGUUAUUGAUCAGGGCCUUGGAUACACCUAUGGUCCCGAGACUUCCUGUAUGUCCAUCUGGAACGCGCACAAGAGCGUAGAGGUGCCUUUCAGCAGUGUCAUCAUGAUAUUUUUUGUCGUGGGACCUUUGUUAGACGUGUCAGAGACUAUCUUCUACCUCGCUCAUAGGCACAUGUCACCCAAAUGGAUGCCAAAGCCAAGGCAUCUUGUCCGCCCCAACGCCUCCUGGCGUCCAAUGAGCCACGGCACUAUGGGACCAUUUUUUGGAUGGAUGCUUUACCUUGUAUGGAGAUACCGUAGCGGAUUUUCUUCUGGCCGGGAUGCAUUGUCUGCUGGGGGUGAUCUAUAGUCUGUCUGGAUACCAAUAACAAUAGCGCAUUAUUUGUGGCUCCUCAUCCGACGUAUUCGAUAGCAAUUUCUAAUUUAAACAAUUCCUGUUCGAACAUAUUGGAGGAUGUUCCCAAAAUAUGGAGGCAGAGAUAAGUUCAUGUCAAGAAGCCGAGGUAGGUAUUUAUUCAUUUGUAUCGUACAACCUGGCUAUCCUUUCAGACUUGAUUAGGUCUGGGGCUC